UCUGUGUUCACUUUUCGUUAUGUCCUGAAGGGGUCGCUGUGAGGCGCAUGCGCACUGUGCUUGUUUUGGUCCAUAUCCUGCUCCAGACUCGGAUCAUAACCAGACUAACCCGCCGGGACCUUAGCCAGGUCAAAGGUCAUGGCGCUCAUCUCUCUGGAAGACCUGGAGGGACUGGACGAUGACAUCACCGACGACAUCAGCGAUGACAUCACAGAGGAGCAGCCAAUGGCAGAGGACCAUCUGCUGUCGCACUGGCAACGGGUCGGCUCCACCCACCAGGUGUCCGUCCCCACAGAAAUGACCGGCCCGAUCCAUGAAAUGACCCGGAACAGCCACCAGAGGGAGACACUGCCCUACGCCCCCAUCUCCUCCCACCAGAAGGUGGGCGAGCUGCAGUAUGAGGAGCGUCUUUAUUCCGCCGGGCGUUGGGCUUGUGUGACUCGUUCAGACUCGUUGUAUGAACAGAGCAUCUCCACAGGCUUCAUGAAGCUCAUGAAAUACAUCUGCAAAGAGAACAGCCUCGGUCAGUACUUGGGGAUGACGGUUCCGGUCGUGAGUUUGGUCCAAAUGACUGAAGAUGGAUCCGGGUUCCAGAAGCCGGUCCUGACCGGGUUUUUCCUGCCGACGCAGUACCAGAACUGCCCCCCCGCCCCCCUGGACCCCGACAUCCAAGUCCAGAACUGGGAUCCGCUCACCGUCAUCGCCCGGCCGUUCUUUGGGACCACAAACGAGGCGACGGUGAGUCGUCAGAUCUCGGCGCUGUGGGAGGUUCUGGCCGAGUCGGACGGCGUGCGGCGAGACCGUUACAUGAUCGCCGUGUUCGAGAACCCCGGGGUCCCGCAGCGCCGCAACGAGAUCUGGUUCCUGCGAGAGCAGCUCUGAGUCGCCUCGGCCCCGCCCCCGGAGAAAACGUCCGACGAUCCGCUACGACCGCGCCGACGUAGAUUCACCCGCACUGACCACGCCCCCUCCAAGUCACACGUCCACUCCAGCCCCGCCCCCAGAGAACACAUCCAAACACCAACAGAGUGUAGAACAUGAGAUGUUCAGGGCCAAAUCCUGAAGUGAAGUUUCCUCCUUGAGUUUGUAAAAGUCCAAAUUUCUUUUCCUCCUGUUUUGUGUAAAUGAGUUUAAACAGUCAGACGCAGGUUAUUAUGUGACGGGCGCCGCCCCGGCGGCGUCUGCGCUGCAAGCGUCUGCAGUACGUGAGGAGCCCCCCAGCCCUGCGCUCUGUGGUCAAACUCACGCCGCGGUCACUCUCCAAUGGCAGAACUCUACUGCCCCCCCCACUGCAUCAGCCCCCCCUCCACUAACUCCGGCUCUUUCACCUCUUGAACGGCUCCCUGUGACGGGGCCGCC